AGUAAAAGUUAUCUUUACGUUUAUGACUUUCAGUUUAUGUUUUUUUGUCAUGUAUAAAGGUAUACAUGAUUAAAGUACAAAGUAAUAGAGGAUCGUGUUAUUUAUUUCCCAAAUUUUUAAUGACUUGCAAAUUUGUUUAUUGCUUGUAGACAGAUAAUAAUAUAUGAUUUUAAACACAUAAGAUAAAUUAAUUAUAAUGUCGAUAACAAAUGAACAACAAUUAACUGAAAUAAAGGUGAAUGUUGAUCAAGUUGAAACUACCACAACAACUAUGGUCGAUACGUCAAAUAAUCAAAAUAAACAAAUCAUACGAAAUGAAUUAGUAGAUGUAGCAGUAAAAUUUUUAAAAAACCCCAAAGUUGGAGAGACAUCAUUAGAUCAACGUAAGAAAUUUUUAAAAUCAAAAGGAUUAACAGAUAUUGAAAUAAACGAAGCAAUUAAUAGAUCGUCAACAUUAACGCAUGUCAUAUCAUCACAACCACCACCUUUACCCCAACCAUUAAAUUAUGUUGUACACCAACAACAUGGACAAAUAUCAACAUUUACCAAAAUCAAGGAAAUCCUUGAAAGUCUCGCAUUAUUUAGUGGUUUAAUGUAUGGCGUAUAUCUAUUAUAUAAAAAAUACAUCUAUCCAUAUUUAUUUGGGAAGAAACCAAAACCGACAACAAAAGAAGAUGAAAAUAAUAAAAAAUUAAUUGAUGAGAUGACUCAAAUGAAAACAACAAAUAAUCAAAUUCAUGAAACUUUACAACAAAUUCAAUCACAAUUAAAUGAUAAAAUCGUAAGCGAUAAACAAAUUGGUGAUAUUAAAUCGGAAGUAUCCACCAUUAAAAGUUUAUUGUUGAGUAAAAAACAUUUUCCAAGUGUGCCAGUGAUGACAUCCGAUAGUUGUGUGGGUGUACAUCCACCAUCAAUACCUGCAUGGCAAUUACAAUCAUCUGCAGCUGUAGCAUCAACACCUGAUGAUGCCGUUGAAUCUGAUAAGUCUGAAGAUAUUAUUGAAAUGGGUUCUGGUAGUAAUUCAGCUGGUUCCUCAGAGACUGAAGUUAUUACUAAAAAUAGUGAUAGUAGCACAGUUUAUGUUUAUCAUAAAUAAAUAUCCAAUUUAUAUUUA